GCAGCAGGACUGGAGAGCUUCCAACUUCAUGAAGUAGGAAUUCUCUCUGUAGUUCUGCUUAUCCAGAAUGCAUGCAGAAUGGGUUGCACCGGCUAAUGGAAUGACGCCCGCAGCCCAGAUCUAGACUUUCAACUUGGGGAGAAUCAGAAAUUGGUGAAAGGAGGUCUAAAUGCUAAUGCCAUAUUGAACUGAACAGAACCUCUCCAUCGAUUGAUAAAGAGGCGGUGUUCCCAAAUUAGGUGGACUCUCUGGGUCACUGGCGUGUGAACCAGUUCCUCCGCAUGGGACAGAAGAGACAGACCUUGAGAAGAAGCUUGGAUAAAGCAUUUCUCGGAUAGUCAGGCUCAGCCACAGCUUUCUCACCUCUGGUUUGGUCUCCCGAGGCUGCCCGAAGCAUCAAAAGGGUUGUCCUCUGCUGCCAAAGAAGACAGUGCAGAUCUGGAAGGCUGCUGAAGACCGAGAAUUGGGUCAUCCAUCAGUAUCUUGAGGACACCCAGAGUCGCCGGUAGCUGUGCCAUACGAGGAGCCAUAGAUCAAUGAGCCAGCUGCCAAUGAGAACAGGCAUCUGACACCCCCCACCUUGUACACGGCCUCCUCGACCUGCGCCAUCCCUAAAUUGUUCCAGGUAAACACGCUACCUGAUCCUGAAAAGAAAGCACAGAAAAUUCGGAGGGGGAAGAAACAUGGAAAAGGACAUUUUAACUCACGUGGAUGCUCCAGUGACUCAGGCAAGCGACACAGACCCAGACACAGAAGCAGCACAGGCAAGAGCCCUGCGCGAGGCUCAGACCCCACUCGAAGGCCCUCCACUGGCUGCAAGUAGUGGGGUAAAUGUGGGGCAGGAAAGCACGGGGCCAGGAGAGAACAAGGAGAUGGAAAACGUGUCUGUUCUUAGUUCGAGUCUGAGUGCAGAGGUCGAUGGCCAAUGCGCAGAUGCGGGUCAGGUCGGUGCCGCGCUGCGGGGGCCUGACACCUUGGGAAAUGCAGGGAGGAAAGGCAGCCGGAAAAGGAGGAACAGAAAGCAAACUAAGAUUGUGUAUUUUCCCUGGCCACUGACCCUACAGACUCGGGCAUCUUCUGCAGCCCCAGUUCUGGGCCGGUCUCGUGUCUUGGGGGCUUUGGUGUUUGCUGAUAGCAGAGACAGCGAGGUGGGGGAAAGCGGGGAGCAAGGGGAGGAUGAGGAGAGCGAGAACGCAUCCAUUCUCACUGAGAAGCCUCAGGAGGAACCUGCUGAGGCCCUGUGGCCAGCAACAAGUGCAGUCCAGGCCUCCCUGGAGGAGGCGUCCCCGGCAGCCGAUGAGGCGAUAAAUCCAGGGCAGAAAAAGAGCCGGAAAGGGAGAAAUAAAAAGAACAAGAAGAUCAUGGCUAGUCCUUGGCCUCUGACAGUACAAGCUUGGGCAUCGCACACAGACCCAGCUCAGGCACAGACGGCUUCGGCAGGGGAUGAGUCACUCGCCAAAGACAGAGUCGAUGGGGGGAAUCAAAGCCAAGGUCCAAAGAGUGAGGCAGAUAACGCAUCAGCUGAGACUCCUUACGAGAGUGCCCAGGAGGAGGCCCCCGACUUGGCUGAUGAUCUGGAGCAGGCCUCAUGGGAGGAGGGGGAGUCCCUCUCUGUUGACAGCAUGGGAGAUGGAAGGAAGAGCAGACAUAGAAAGAGUGAUAGAAAGGAAAGUGUCUUGGCUUGUCCUUGGCCUCUGACAGUACAAGCCUGGGCAUCAUUCAGAGCAGCCGAUGGGGUUCAGACUCACCUCCAGGGCAAGGCUUCUGCUGCAAGUGUGGGGGUGGAUGUGGGGCAGAAAAACCAGCCUCAACUGGAGAAUAGUGAGGAGGAAACAAAGUCUACCCCUCCUUGGCCCGUGAGGGUCCAGGCUGGUGCCUCCUUCUCAGCAACAGCUCUGGGACAGGCUUCAUUUGAGGGGGCUGCUUCGCAAGACCCCCAGUCCCAGGUGAGCCAAACCAGGAGGAGGUCCCAGGGGAGAAAGGAAAAACAAGUUCGGAGCAAGGCUGAGCAAACUCUGGAAGUCAGUCAGGGUAGGAAAAGCACCAAGAAAUACCCGGGGGAUAAGGACUUUUGGGAAUGCACAGUGAUAAAUUUUGCUAGGCAAGUAGACUGUUGCUAUUGUGGGGAGCGCUGCUCACAAGAGCAGAUGGAGGCUUUGACCUUGACCAAAGCCCACCCCCACAUCAAUACUUCAGCGAUGGGAAUGCAGGGACCAGAGAGGGAGAGGGCUGAAUCUCAGGCAGUCUGGAUGGGCGAAUGGGGAGGUUUUUGAAAGGCAGAGGAGGAAAGAAAAGGACCUAAGGGACCUCAAGAGCACUUUGGGUCCCGGAAGGGCCACCAUCUACAUCUGUUGGGAGAGAGCUGUUUAAAAUCCUCCAUCAAGGCUCACUACCCAACUGGUAAAUUUCCCCAUGGCAAGGUAACACCGCAAUUACUCUCUGCAUGGGCAAUUUCUCUCUGAAAUGUUUUAGGUUGCUGGAGAACUGGCAUAACUUUAGAGAAGCAAAAAUGCUUUUUUCUCUAUCUUCUUUCCUGUAACAUUCUCGACAUUGUUGGCAAAGGUGUGUUACCUAUGGCUGAUAAACGGUAUCAGAGUCUAGAGGACAAACCAAUGACAGAAUGUGUAUUGGAUCUCGAGAACACUCUAGAAAGUAGUAUUGUAUAUUGCAUGUUAGACUGUAAAGUGAUUUGAUGAUCGCAUUUAGUUAUAAGACCGGCCGGUUUCCAGUUGCUAAGAGCGCAAGCUAAGAGUGCAGAUCCCAAUGCCUGGGAUCAAAGCCCGGCUUUGCCACUUGUUACCCAUGUUCCUCUGAGCAAGUCACUCUUUCCUUCUAGGCCCCAGUCUAUCCGGUGAGGGUAAUAAUAGCACCUGAUUUAUAGAUUGUAUGAUUAAAUAAGUUAAAACAUGUGAAGUACUUAGACUAGUACAUGGCAUAUAAUAAGCCCUCAGACACUAAUCACCUAUGGUUGCUUUAACUUUCAGUACUAAAUGUCAUGCAAGGGUCUGGCACUGCAGUAUUAGGCAUCUUGAAAGUUAUACAAAUGGCAGCACCUGCGGCAGGCAGAAGAUGAUGCCUCCAUUCGCAAUUAUGGUAACAGAGCCUUAAAGCCAUGGAGCAAAAUGCUACUUAAGGGCGGGGGGAAG